AUGGAUCCGAGCUACAAAGCUCGCAAGGAGGCCUUCGUGUCUAAUCUUGCCGGAAGCACAAUAUUCGAAAUCAACACAGUCACUCUCGUUGCUUCAACAUCUGUUCUCCUCUGGUCCGCGCUCCAAUCGAGGCUUUCAUUCUUCACACCAUACGGCCCCGCCGGAAUCGCCGCCGACUUCAUCCUCAACGUACUAGCAAUUUUGUUCGCAACGACUGCAUACUCGUCGGCGCCCCUCCUGCUCAACAUAUUCCUCGUUUCCCCCGCCGUCCUCCUAUUCCUUACCCGACACGGCCAGCGCACUACCCAAAAGGCCAAACCACCUCGCAAAUCCAAGGCCCAAAAUGAAUCCCCCGAGGAACAGCUGGCCUUGCCCGUCCACCCGUUCUUGACAACCUACCGCGCCGCCAUGAUGAUUGUCACUUGUGUGGCGAUCCUGGCGGUGGACUUCCGCGCAUUCCCACGUCGCUUCGCCAAGGUUGAGAAUUGGGGCACGUCGCUGAUGGACCUGGGCGUUGGCUCGUUCGUGUUUUCAGCCGGUGUCGUUUCCGCACGCGCUGUGCUAAAGGGCCGCAACUCGAAGACACCGAAGGCAGCUUUGUACAAGAGAUUGAUAGGUUCCGCUCGACACUCAAUUCCUCUGCUUGUGCUGGGUCUUAUCCGGCUGUGGAGUGUGAAGGGAUUGGACUACGCUGAGCAUGUCACUGAGUACGGUGUGCACUGGAAUUUCUUUUUCACACUCGGCUUAUUGCCUCCAUUCGUGGAGCUGUUUGACUCUCUGACGACGUUGAUUCCUUCGUACGAAGUGCUCGCACUUCUGACCGCGGUUCUCUACCAGGUCGCUCUGGAAUCCACUGACCUCAAGCGCUACAUUCUUGUGGCACCACGGGGACCGGACCUACUAUCGAAGAACCGCGAGGGCGUUUUCUCUUUCAUUGGAUAUUUUGCGAUCUUCCUUGCCGGACGCGGUGUUGGAAUUCGCAUCAUUCCCCGAGGCACUUCAGCGACAAAGUCGCCCCAGCAAGCGCGGAAAUCUGUCUUGCAAAAUCUGGUCCUACAGGGAAUGUUCUGGUCAACGAUCUUCUUCUUCAACUCCACAUACGCCUUCGGCCACGGUGCUAAUAUCCCAGUUUCGCGUCGACUGGCCAACAUGCCAUACGUGCUGUGGGUAUCUGCGUUCAACAGUGUACAACUAUUCUUGUUCUGUUUGACCGAGACUGUCUUCUUCCCGGCAGUUCACCGUGCGACGACCAAGGAAGCCGAGGCUGAGCAAGCAUCAUUCGCGACCAGCCCGAUUUUGCAUGCCUUCAACCGCGGAGGCCUUGCGCUUUUCUUGAUUGCGAACCUCCUGACCGGGGCUGUAAAUUUGAGCGUGCCAACAUUGGACCUGAACACGCCACAGGCCAUGGGCAUUCUGAUUGUCUAUGCGGCAGUCCUCACUGGUGCUGCCUUGGCAAUGGACAAGUACAACAUCAAGUUGAGCUUGUAA